AUGAUUCCUCGUUCUACUUCAGUUUUAGUUAAAAGGUCUCCACCUAAAAUUCCGAAUAGAGGCUCUGCUGCUAAAUACACCGCCGAUGCUCCUGUCAUGGCUGACUCAAAUUCAUCCCAACCAAAACCACCAUUACCUGUUUUAGGCUCUAUGUCCAAACGUUUUGAUGGAAAGGAUGAAAACAAGUCACAACAGCUUCUCAACCAAUCUUCUGAAUCUGGUCAGCAAGAAUCUGAACAAGACGCCAUUUCUGCCAUGUUCAAAGCAUCUGAACAGCAAUGGGAAGAAACUCAACAGCAUAUGGCCACCCCUGUCUACACCAACAUGAGGCCUCAAGUAAGAAAACCAAUUCCUCAACCAACUGCUACAGGUGACUCUGCGCCGUCCACAUCCCAACCUCAGCCGCAAUCUCAACCCCAAGAGUCAUCCAUGUCCAAUGCUAUGCCUACCCCACCUGGCUAUGUCUGCUACAGAUGUGGAGAGAAAGGUCACUGGAUUCAAGAUUGUCCCACCAACGGUGAUCCUAACUAUGAGAACAAACCACGAUUCAAACGUACAACUGGUAUACCAAAGUCAUUCUUAAAGACUGUUGAUCCUUCUACAGCAGCAUUAAUGACUAACAAUGGUACAAACAACUCUCAAGGUGUAAUGAUUACACCCGAUGGUAGUCACGUAAUUGCAACUCCCGACAUAGCGACCUGGGAAAAAUCUAGAUCGAUCAAAUCAUCAAAGCUCACUGUCAACGAUAUCAGAGAUUCUGAACCCAAGCUACAAGAAUUGAAAUGUGGCUUGUCUGGUAAACUUCUCAACAAUCCUGUCACCUUGCCUUGUUGCAACCUUUCCUUCUCAGAUGAUUACAUAAAUCACUACCUAAUUGAAAAUGACUUAUUUUGUCCAAAUUGUCAUUCAAACGUUGGAUCUUUAGAGAACUUGAAAUCUGACCUAGAACUCAAGCAGAAGGUCAUUGAGUACAUCAACGAGGAGCUCCGUCUUGAUAAAUUAAAAAGAGAUGAGAACAAUAAAGACGGUGAUUCUAACAACCAAACUGAUUCAAGUGACGACACUCAAAAGGAUCAUUUCCAACAGGCUGAUAGAAGGUCGCUAUUUCACGAUGAUAUUAUUAAGGUGAACAAGAUAAUACACGACUGUCAAUUUGCAAUUAUGGCUAUAUUCGAAGCACUGAAGAAUAAUGAGCUCGAUGACAAGACCAAGUACAAAUUUCAAACUCAAUUGGUGCAGAUAAAUCAAAUCAUGAACCUGCAACAAGGUCAAGUAAUGAUGAUGAUGAAUGGAAUGGAUCCUAAAGUCUUUGGAAUGCCACUUUUACCACAGAUAAAUCAAAAGGAGCAACAGGAUAUCAAUCAGACAAAAAUCACAGAGCCAUCUACCGGACAAAAGAGACAGAAUGAUGAUGAUAAUUACAAUAAUGAAAGACCUUCAAAGCGUUGA